CACUGCUGUCUCAUCUGUAUAAAUGAUGUUGUAGGUCUGCCUAUGCUAACCCACUGUAUACAAAGCUAUAGGUGACCCAUAAAUGCAUUAACAACACAUUUUGUUCUUGUUUCUUGCUUUAGUAAUGUCUAUAUGCAAGGGAAAGAGAUGUCGGACAUGCUUUGGAAGUUCCAGAGAUAUCAUUUUGUCAUGCUUUAUCAAAACAAACCUAUAUUUCCUCCACCACUAAGUUUAAUUAGCUACAUGACCUCCUUCACCAGCUGGUUAUUUGCACAGAAAAGAAGAUCCAAGCCUCAUGUAACCAAACUUUUUCUAACUAAAGAGGAACAAAAAUCACUUUAUGACUUUGAAGAGCGCUGUGUGGGAAUGUAUUUCACUGACAAAAAGCACUUUGACAACUCAAACAGUGAGGAAAGGAUCCGAGUGACAACAGAAAGGGUUGAGCAUAUGAGUGCUAAGAUGAAAGAUGUUGGCUGUCAUGUGAGCUUAAUUAAACAGUCAUUGCGCUGUUUGGAUAAUCAAAUUGGACACUUGCAAGAUCUUUCUGGUCUUACAUUCGAUGCCCUAAAUACCUUAACAGCUCAGAAAGCACUAGAGUCCAGCAGGAGUCAGAGUAUGGAUUUAAGUAGUUCAAAACAAACCUCUGAUGAGGGACUUGGACAAUCAACCAUUAGGAAAGGAAUAAGAAGUGACCACAUUUGGAGGCGCUCUCUUUCACAUCCUAGUCUUGAAAAAUGUCACAAUUCCCGUGUGACAAAGUCACAAAAGAAAGUCAUCAUGUCUGACACAUCUCCUCAACACAGUGCUUUAUUUCAAAGAGUCGUGUCACCUCUGGAGUUUCAACAUGGUACACUUUGUAACGAUAAGAAUGCUUUUUUUAACAGUCAGAAACGAAGGACACUACAGUACAGAAAAGGAGCGAUAACAGCACAUACCUCAUUACAGUAUCUUGCAAAAAAUAGGAACAUAUCAGAAGUGAAUCUUACAAAGUCUGCUCAGAAUGCUUCUUCCUACAUGGAACCCGGCAACAGUCUGUGUCUAGAUAUUGCAGACACAGACAAAAAAGGUGGAUAUGUUAAUUGUGGGUUUAUCGAUGACAUAGGCCUCAGUAUUGAUAUUUAUGAAAACAGCUGUAAAGACAAUAAACCCCCUCUAAAGCCACUUGCAGAUGGGACAGAUGGCACUACCAAACUUAAGUCACAAGGCCACCAUGAGUCACUUACUGGGAAUUCUACUUGCGAUGCCGAUAGCAUGCAAGAAAUACAUAGAGAUUCAAUGGAGAGACUUGCAGACAAAGCAAACCCUUUGGCUAAGGACAAAAGAUUUGAAGGAGUCGUUGAGAAACUUUUGAAGAAAUCUAAAAACACAGGUGAUUUAGGAAGAGCAGACCACACAGACGAAGAAAAGCAGAUGUCAUUUGAGACAAAUUUUACAGAAGAGGAGGAAUGUCUUGGAGAUGCACAGAGUGUAAAGAGCAAUGAAAAAUUGGAUGAUCUUAGAUCAAGCUAUCACUCUGCUUCAACAAAUCAAUGGCAAUCUGAUGAAACAGCAACAUCUUAUGAAGAAUUACAGCAGUCGGACUCAAGGGCAGCUUUAUUAAAGGAGUCCUAUUACAGCAGAUAUUCUUCAAGUCGCAGUAAAUUGUGA